ACGACGCUGGUCGGGAAUACUUUCGACAAGAUGGCGGACGAGGACAUUACGCUUGACGGACAGCCUUUACAAUCCCUCCGGGUGGCGGAUUUGAAAGCCGCCUUGGAGCAGAGAAACCUGUCGAAGAGCGGGGCGAAGAACAAACUCAUCCAGCGACUGAAAGGGGCACUGAUGCUGGAAAACCUGCGCGGACGCCGGCCCAACUCUCAGAUGGGGGAGGAGAUGAGCCAGAAUAGCUUCAUCCAACAGUAUCUGGCCAAGCAGCAGGAACUCCUCAGUCAUAGACAGGAGAGAGGAGCCCAUCUUGAGGGGGAGGCCGACGAAAGCCCAGCAAUGCCAGAAGAGGAUGAAGAUCAGUCGGACAACGACAGCUCGUCCGGCGUCUCUGACAAGAAGCCCCCUUUGGCAUCUCGGAGCGGCGAAGGGGAAAUGUCACAUAAGCCGGACGGUAGCACCGGUCGCCAGGAGGCUCCCGCGGCCAGGAUGCAGAGGGCCACCUUCCCGCAAGGACGCAAGGAGCCACCGGCCCCUUCUCCCCCUCGCGCCGUGGCCUCGCUGUCGGUGCGCGUCCUAGGCCAGCCGGACCGCCAGGGACUGCCCCCGGCCCUGUCCAGAGCCCAAGAGAAAGAGGGCGUCGCGCCGAGCGAAACCGCGUCGGCCCACUCGGUCCUCCACCUCAGCCGAUCGGCCGGCGUCUCGGCCGGAGCUCGGGUCCGGGAGGACAGUGACGAAGACGACGACGACAGCGGGGAUGACGAGGAUUGGGGGCCGGGGCUCGGUGCGGCACGGAAAGGCGACCGGGCCCCCCCGCAGCCUCCGCAGAUGCCCGCCAGUUCUGUGAGGUCCAAACGUAAGCUUCAACCUCCGCAGCACAUCCCGCCACCGCAGCCGCAGCAGAAUCUGAUGCAACUGCGCCACCCGACGCCCCCGCCCUCGCCGCCCCCUGACCUCUUCCCCCUCCCGGACACUCCCAAGCAGAGCCCGCCGGACACCGACGACAAGGAGGGAGAAUGCUCCGGAGCUCGCCGCGGUGUCCCACCUCGCGACGCGCAGAGGCGAGACUCCGAUUCCAGAUCCCGCUCCAGUAGUCCGGAGCCCCCCGCCAAGCGCGGACCGGGCCCGCUCUCUCUGCUGGUGCACAAGAUGGAGACGGAGGAGGCGCAGACCAGCGCCGGCGCCGCCACCGGCCAGUCUCCAGAGGAGAGCAAGAAGAAAGAAAAGGAGACCAGCGACCGAAAGGAAGACGCAAAAGCGCCAGAUGAGGAAAAGCGCGACGCCAAAAAGAAGGCGGCAGCUGGCGAUAGCCGCGGGGCCGGGGGGCGGGACUCGGGUUCCUCGUCAGAUUCGGACUCGCGGUCCGACUCCUCCUCUAAAUCAUCAUCCUCAUCCUCCAUCAGGAUUCAGUCGUGCCGCGUGAGGCAGCCGAAGAGAGCCGAGCUCCGCCAAGACGCAGAUAAGGAGACAAAAGGGACGGAGACGCAGAAAGGACACCUCCUGAAAAGAGUGGUGUCAGAGCCCAGCGAGGCGGCCGUGUCAGAGGUGGAGCCCCGCUCGAGCGGCGAGGCGAGGCAGCCGGCGCCAAACGCCGAGCCAGUCGAUGGCGAGGGCCGCCUGGAGGAGAGCACCACUCCAAAGGCUUUUGCCGCUCGCAAGAUCUCCCUGACCAGCAACAAGACGCCACCCGUCGACACCGACGGAGGAGCGGGAGAUGCCGACGCUGGAGCGGCCGGGAGGAAGCGGCGUUGGGGCUCCAGCACGGCCGUCACUGCCAAGAAGCCGUCCAUCAGCAUCACUACUGACUCGCUCAAGUCUUUAAUUCCAGAUAUCAAAAUAGCCCAAGAAGCGGUGGUGGACCUUCACCCCGAGGAGCUGCAGCUGUCCGGGGAUGACGACAACAACAACAACAGCAGGGACAACGGCCAGGGAGACGCCGAUGACGGUCUUCAGAUCCGACGCACCGUCACGCAGGUGGUCCCCUCCGACCAGGAGAACGGGCGAGGCGACAAAGAGGAGAACGCCGAGACGGCGGAGCCAGACAUCCCGCCGGCGGCGACCCUCGUAGAGCGGUCCGAGCAAGCUCCUCCCGAGAAGACGGCAGAGAAGCUUGACGGAGAGCUGAAGAAAGCUUGCCCCGACGACGCUGUGGUGCGUCGCUCCAUCAGUCGGCAGCGCUCCGGCGUGUCCGUCACCAUCGACGACCCCAUCCGAUCCGCGCGGCUGCCGUCGCCGCCCCGCGGCAAACCUUCAAAUAUCAUCCACGUGACCAACCUGGUGCGGCCGUUCACCUUGGGCCAGCUCAAGGAGCUGCUGAAACAGACGGGCAAUGUGGUAGAGGAGGGCUUCUGGAUCGACAAGAUCAAGUCGCACUGCUUCGUCACGUACGCCAGCGCAGAGGAAGCGGCGGCCACUCGAGAAUCUCUUCACGGGGUCAAAUGGCCUCAGAGCAACCCCAAAGUGCUCAGCGUGGACUUCUGUGAGCAGGAUGAGCUCGACUUUCACAAAGGUUUGUUGAAGCCAAAGCCCGCCGAGCCGCAAGUCCCCCAGCCGGUCCCGCCGCCCAGCCGCCCUCCGCCGCUCAUGCCCGAGCGCGACAGGCAGCGCGAGCAUGAGCACGAGCGCGGCGCGCCGGGCGUGCGGGACUUGUGGGCCGAGCGGCAGCGGCAAAUGGAGCGCCGCGAGCGGGCCCGCGGCGAGCGCGAGUGGGACCGCGACAAGAUCCGCGAGUUCGCCAGGCCGGGAGCCGACAAGAUAGAGCGGCGCUCCAGGUCCCGUGACCGGGAGCGGCGGAGACGGGAAAGGCCAAAGAGCAAGGAGAAGAAGACAGACAAGAAAGAGAAGGCAGACGAGCCUCCCGCAAAGCUUCUCGACGACUUGUUCCUCAAGACCAAAGCGGCUCCUUGUAUAUACUGGCUCCCCCUCACCGAACAACAGGCGGCGCAGAGGCUGGUAGAGCGCGGCGAGCGGCAAAAGGAGCGAGAGCGGCGGCUCAAGGAGCUGCAAGACGAGCAGGAAAAAGUUCGUGAGGAACGCAAGAAGGAGAGGCUGAAGGCCCGGGAAAACGAAAGCCGAGGCAGCGACGGCAACGCCGCCGCCUCCGGCAGGGGAGCUGAGGCCGAGCGGGAGAAGGAGAGAGGCCGGAACAAAGAUGGCGAACGGAGGCGGGAAGGCGAGAGGCGGAGUGGCAGGCCGCCGCUCGGCCGCCGCUCUCGUAGCUGUAGCGACACCCGAGACAGGCGCCACUGAAGCGGGCGGCGCCGGGGAGGGAGGGAGGGCGGGAGGGAGGGAAGGAGAGCAGACUUGCCUGGCCUGGCCCGGCCCGGCCCGGGAGCAGACUUGUCCUCCUGAGGUUUGGGAGGCCUUUUUCUUUUUCCCCUUCAAGUUGUGUGGUUCCACAGUUUAUUCCUCCCAAAGCCCUAUAAUAAAGUCCAAAAUAGAUAGCCUAGCCUUCAAAAGUUUUCUCUGAGCAGUUUUAGUGUUUCCACUUGCUUCAGCACUGAACUUGACCUGUCAGGGUUUUUAGUUAAGGUUUUUUUUUAUUUUAUUUUUUUUAUAUAAACUACAUUUGCCCAGUCGAAACAGAGAUCCAAUCAAAAUGCUUCGUUAAUUCAAGGGGACAAAAGAGAAAGAUUGCCCACUUUAAAUUCCCUAUUUAUAAAAAGAAAAAAGGGGUUGACCUUAAAAUGCUCAAAAUCCUCUAAAAACUUUCAAACAUCCAACUGUUGCUUGAUGCACAACUGGCAAAACCUCACAUUUGUCAUUUCGAAUGUGCACUUUGGAAUUAUGAUGUCAGAGAACAGCGAAUUGAGCGCACUGUCGAAGCAUUGAACCUAAAAAAAAAAAAGUCUAAUUGUGCAUUUGGGCCUCAUUCUGGAAUUUCAGCUGUCGGAGAUCCAAAUUGUAUUUUUGCCGUCAAAU